CAUUUCGUUCGAGUCAAUUACUGCAUCGUCUUCAGUUCAUUAUGCGUCUGGCUGUGAAUCGCGAUAGACAGUGACUAGAGUUUAGAAAGGAAUAAAAUUGUGAUUGCAACUCAUCCAACCAAAGUCCAUAAUUUUUUUUUUCGGAUAAUGAUACGGAGUGUCGUAGUGCUGAUGAUUGGUUUCGUCCUGUCAGGAUGUCAAGCCAGAAGUUCCAAUGCAACCGAAGGACUUCCGAUUGUAAUGUGGCACGGAAUGGGUGAUACUUGUUGCUUUCCGUUCAGCUUGGGAGGCUUCAAGUCAUUCUUGGAAGGCGAUCUCGGAGUGUACGUGAAAUCGGUAGAGAUAGGAAACUCGAUCGUAACUGAUUUUAAAAGUGGUUACUUAAUUCACCCGAACAGGCAGGUUGAAGAAGUUUGCCGGCAGCUGGGUGAAGAUCCUAAACUGGCCAACGGGUACAAUGCGAUCGGUUUCUCUCAGGGUGGACAAUUUCUACGAGCGAUUGCUCAACGCUGCCCCGCUCCUAAAAUGAACAAUCUGAUCACCCUUGGGGGACAACAUCAGGGUGUAUUUGGAUUGCCGGAUUGUCCAUCGCUGAGCAGCAAAACUUGUGAGUAUUUCAGACAGCUACUCAACUACGCAGCCUAUGCUCGAUGGGUACAGGACUAUUUGGUGCAAGCGACCUACUGGCACGAUCCGCUGAACGAGUAUGUCUACAAGGAGUCCAGCACCUUCCUGGCUGACAUCAACAACGAACGAACGGUGAAUGAAACCUACAUCGAAAAUCUGCAGAGUUUGAACAAGUUCGUCAUGGUGAAGUUCACCAAGGACAAAAUUGUGCAACCGAUCGAGUCGCAGUGGUUCGGCUACUACAAACCCGGGCAGGACAGGGAUAUUCAGAAGUUGGAGGAGUCGGAUCUGUUCCUGAAGAACCGUUUAGGGUUGCAGGAAAUGCACCAGAGAAACAAGCUGGUGUUUUUGGAAUGUGAGGGAAACCAUUUGCAGUUUACCAAAGAUUGGUUCAAGACCAAUAUCUAUCCGUUUUUGUGAACCAAAGAAUAAGAUAAGAAGUGAAUUAAUUUGAUUGCAUAUAUUAUCAUAUUAUCAUGAAACUUAACACUAGGUGCGCAAUAAAUUUGCGAAUGAAAAUUUAGAAUGAUGAAUUAAAUGGAUUCAAUAAAAAUUUAUGAUGAUGAAAAAA